UCAAGCCACAUCGAAAUCAUCUCUCUGUAAUAAUAACAAUAUGUUAUUAAAUACAAUACAUCUAAAUGUUGUAUGUAAAACAGAUAAUUAAUUGAAAUUUAUAAUGACUGAAAAUAAGCGUAAACCAGCACCAGGUGAUGGAUUACGUUCUUUAAAGAGUACACCAUUAUUUCGUACAAUUAAUUAUGAAUUGUACGUUAAACCGAAUAAAAUGAUAAUGAUUUUUGGAGUUAUUACAAUGCUUGGUUGUAUAGGAUAUAUUACCUAUAUGCGUCAGAAUUAUAAAGAUUCAGAUUACUAUAAUGCAGUUGCAACAGAUGAAACAGUUCAUUUAAAAAAGAAAACAUCCAAAUGGGUAGUAUAAUUUGAAGUAUUUUAUUUAAACUAAUAACAAUUAUAUACCUAUAUAAAUAGAUACUGUAAUGUUAUUCAUAUAUUAUAUUUUGGUGUACAUACAAUACUUUGUUCAUUACUUCUUGUUAAAUAGUUUAGUGAUAUGUAAAUAAAGACAGAUAACACUUAUAUAAUAUAUAAA